CAAAUUUAUUUUUUGACCAAUCAGGAGCGACUUUAGCACGUCAUGAAUGCUAGCUUGCGCGCUAUGACAGUUAAAGUUUUUUUCAAUUUCGAAGUGAGAAAUAUUUCUUCGUGAAUAUUUACACCUAAAAAACAGAUCUCAAAAUGCAAAGACGAGAUACCAAAUGCGUUGAAUAAUACGGCGAACAGAUUUCUUGAAAUGCGACCAAAGGAACUAUUGAUGGUCUUACUGGCCGUCUUUAGUUUUCCUCAUCCGCAGAAAGGUAUAAAUGCACAAGAGUAUUAUGAUCUCUACUCGGACAAUGUAUUUUACCGAGGCAUGCAAAGAGAAGCUCUGACCGAUCCCACUUCUUCAGGCUAUCUCGCUAAUACGACAGUCAACUAUGACAGUCUUGUUGGUCAUCGAGCAUCUCCGACACCUAUAAGAGUUCAUAUUGUGAUAACGCUUGUGUUAAUUCUUGCAGUCGUUCUUGUAAUCGUUGUUUUCUGGCUAAUACAUCUCGUCCGUAAAAGACAGCGCUCAUCGUUACGAAAAGAGUUUGCGAUGACGUCGGAGGAUGCACAACUUUCAAGUAUGGCUUUAGGAGAUGAUCCCUACGAGUCCUUCUGUAUCCCAGUGCCUGAGGACCAUCGCCUCACACCUCAAAUAUCUUUGACGUCAUCAGCAGGCCUGACCACUCACCUGUAUCCUUAGAAGUAAGUCAAUUGUUUGCGGGAAUUUAACAUCUGACCCUGUCACCGCAAGCUUUUCGGUCAGCGGCAAGUUGCCUUGCUAACAGAGAAAAUCAUACCCAGAACCUAUGGGUUUAUUCGAUCAGAAACCCCGUAGAGUCCUGGAACGAGUAUGCUGCAAACA